AUGUCACAGAUUCAAGAACAAUUGGAAGGAUUACCGGGUUACGAUAUCCUCAUGGAUUAUUGGAAUGACUAUGCUGGUGAGCAUUUCAAUUCAAUUGACCCAUUUGAAGAUGAAGAGGGUAACAAAAGGAAAUUGCCCAAAGAAUAUUCUUCCUCUCAAGAACAAAAAUUAUGGAAGAAAGUUCAAAGUCAAGCAUGGACUCACGAUAGAUGCUUCCUCGGAUCAUGUGGAAUUGGUUUGGACUGCGGGUUCGGGUUGGUUCCUUUUGUUUGUUUAUUCUUCCCAGUAUUAGGGCCAAUUAUAAUGUAUGGGGUACAUUCUCGAUUGAUAUCAAUUGUUACUAAUGAAAUGAGAUUACCUAAUAAGAUGGUAGCUAAGAUGCAAGGUCAGAUAUUAUUUGAUUUGAUUAUCACAUUGCCUCCUGUAAUAGGUUCAUUAUUUGGUUAUCUACAUGGAUGUUCCACUAGAAAUGCUGGUAUGAUCUAUAAAUACUUUUUGUUUCUAGGAGAGCAAAGAAAGAAAAAUAACAGUCCCACAUAUAUAGGUAGAGGAGCCAUAGGACAAGGAAACGAAGUGAAUCAAUCAACUUACCAACCCAGAGAACAUAGCUAUUCCAACCCCCAACCCAAGAAAGCUAAAUCCAAAAGUCAACCCUCACAGAAUGAGAUUCAAAUCGAGAAUCAACAGCAAUCUGGAUUUGUGUGA